UUCCGGGGCGCGGGAGCCGGGCGCUGCCGGAGGGCGCUCCGGGGGAGGCGGCCGCUGAUGUAAGCCCGGCGGGCCGCUGGGCUCCGCUCGGCUGCAGCGGGAGCCCCGGGACGGGCCGGCCGGGCUCGGCCAGAGGAAGCAAGGCGAGCUCGCGAGUGACUGGCCACAAAGCCCGGGCGGCGGGACAGACGGACAGCCCGCCUGCCCGCGGGACACACGCCCCAGAGGAGUGCUGGUCGUGCGCUCUGCGCUCCGGAGCGGUUUUCCGAGCGCCGCGGCCGCAGCGCUGCUUCAACCCGCGCCCAUUGUUCCCCGCGGGGGCGGGGCGCCUGGAGCCGGGCCGCGCGCCGCGCCCCUGACCGCGGGAGGGAGGGAGGGAGCGAGAGAGAGCGGGGUCCCCGCGCCCAGCCCGGCCCGGGAGGAGGCGCAGCGCGGCGAGCCCCGGGACCCGGAGCCGGACUGGGAGCCUCCCAGCCGCACGCAACCUGCCCAGCAUGGGCGCCUGAGGCGGCUCGGCGCCGGCGGCGAAGGACACGUCCCCGCGGGCGGACUGACCGGCGGGCGGACCUGCAGCGGGUCCGCGGCGCCGCACCCGCGCCCCUGCCCCCGGCCCCUGGAGCCAUGGACAAGCUGCCGCCGUCCAUGCGCAAGAGACUCUACAGCCUUCCGCAGCAGGUGGGGGCCAAGGCGUGGAUCAUGGACGAAGAAGAGGACGCCGAGGAGGGGGCUGGGGGCCGCCAGGACCCCAGCCGCAGGAGCAUCCGGCUGCGGCCGCUGCCUUCGCCCUCGCCCUCGGCGGCCGCGGGCGGCACGGAGCCCCGGGGUGCGGCCCUCGGGGCGGCAGACAGCGAGGGGUCGACCCGCGGCGCGGGCAAGUCUAGCACUAACGGCGACUGCAGGCGCUUCCGCGGGAGCCUGGCAUCGCUGGGCAGCCGGGGCGGCGGCGGCGCCGGAGCGGGGGGCGGCAGCAGUCACGGGCACCUGCAUGACUCCGCGGAGGAGCGGCGGCUCAUCGCCGAGGGCGACGCGUCCCCCGGUGAGGACAGGACGCCCCCGGGCCUGGCGGCCGAGACCGAGCGCUCUGGCGGCUCGGCACAGCCCGCAGCCUCGCCGCCGCCGCCCCAGCAGCCGCCGCAGCCGGUCCCCGCCUCCUGCGAGCAGCCCUCGGUGGACACCGCGAUCAAAGUGGAGGGAGGUGCGGCCGCCGGCGACCAGAUCCUCCCUGAGGCCGAGGUGCGCCUGGGCCAGGCCGGCUUCAUGCAGCGCCAGUUCGGGGCCAUGCUCCAGCCCGGGGUCAACAAAUUCUCCCUGAGGAUGUUCGGCAGCCAGAAGGCGGUGGAGCGCGAGCAGGAGAGGGUUAAGUCGGCCGGGUUUUGGAUUAUCCACCCCUACAGCGACUUCAGAUUUUACUGGGACCUGACCAUGUUGCUGCUGAUGGUAGGAAACCUGAUCAUCAUUCCUGUGGGCAUCACUUUCUUCAAGGAUGAGAACACCACACCAUGGAUUGUCUUCAACGUGGUGUCGGACACGUUCUUCCUCAUCGACUUGGUCCUCAACUUCCGCACAGGGAUUGUGGUGGAGGACAACACAGAGAUCAUCCUGGACCCGCAGCGGAUUAAGAUGAAGUACCUCAAAAGCUGGUUCAUGGUGGAUUUCAUCUCCUCCAUCCCCGUGGACUACAUCUUCCUCAUUGUGGAGACACGCAUCGAUUCGGAGGUCUACAAGACUGCCCGGGCCCUGCGCAUCGUCCGUUUCACCAAGAUCCUCAGCCUCCUGCGCCUCUUGCGUCUCUCCCGCCUCAUUCGAUAUAUUCACCAGUGGGAAGAGAUCUUCCACAUGACCUACGACCUGGCCAGCGCCGUGGUGCGCAUCGUGAACCUCAUUGGCAUGAUGCUCCUGCUCUGCCACUGGGACGGCUGCCUGCAGUUCCUGGUGCCCAUGCUGCAGGACUUCCCCGACGACUGCUGGGUGUCCAUCAACAACAUGGUGAACAACUCCUGGGGAAGGCAGUACUCCUACGCGCUCUUCAAGGCCAUGAGCCACAUGCUGUGCAUCGGGUACGGCCGGCAGGCCCCGGUGGGCAUGUCGGACGUCUGGCUCACCAUGCUCAGCAUGAUCGUGGGUGCCACCUGCUACGCCAUGUUCAUCGGCCACGCCACCGCCCUCAUCCAGUCCCUGGACUCCUCCCGGCGCCAGUACCAGGAGAAGUACAAGCAGGUGGAGCAGUACAUGUCCUUCCACAAGCUCCCGCCCGACACCCGGCAGCGCAUCCAUGACUACUACGAGCACCGCUACCAGGGCAAGAUGUUCGACGAGGAGAGCAUCCUGGGCGAGCUGAGCGAGCCGCUGCGGGAGGAGAUCAUCAACUUUAACUGCCGAAAGCUGGUGGCCUCCAUGCCGCUGUUUGCCAACGCGGACCCCAACUUUGUGACCUCCAUGCUGACCAAGCUGCGCUUCGAGGUCUUCCAGCCGGGGGACUACAUCAUCCGCGAAGGCACCAUCGGCAAGAAGAUGUACUUCAUCCAGCACGGGGUGGUCAGCGUGCUCACCAAGGGCAACAAGGAGACCAAGCUGGCGGAUGGCUCCUACUUUGGAGAGAUCUGCCUGCUGACGCGGGGCCGGCGCACAGCCAGCGUGAGGGCUGACACCUACUGCCGCCUCUACUCGCUGAGCGUGGACAACUUCAACGAGGUCCUGGAGGAGUACCCCAUGAUGCGGCGGGCCUUCGAGACGGUGGCGCUGGACCGCCUGGACCGCAUCGGCAAGAAGAACUCCAUCCUCCUCCACAAAGUCCAGCACGACCUCAACUCAGGCGUCUUCAACUACCAGGAGAACGAGAUCAUCCAGCAGAUCGUGCAGCACGACCGGGAGAUGGCGCACUGCGCCCACCGCGUCCAGGCCGCCGCCUCUGCCACUCCGACCCCCACGCCCGUCAUCUGGACCCCGCUGAUCCAGGCGCCGCUGCAGGCCGCCGCCGCCACCACUUCCGUGGCCAUCGCGCUCACCCACCACCCGCGCCUGCCCGCCGCCAUCUUCCGGCCUCCCCCGGGGCCCGGGCUGGGCGGCCUCGGGGCCGGGCAGACGCCCCGGCACCUGAAGCGGCUGCAGUCCCUGAUCCCGUCGGCGCUGGGUUCCGCCUCGCCCGCCAGCAGCCCGUCGCAGGUGGACACGCCGUCUUCCUCCUCCUUCCACAUCCAACAGCUGGCUGGAUUCUCUGCACCCGCCGGACUGAGCCCGCUCCUGCCCUCGUCCAGCUCUUCCCCGCCGCCUGGGGUGGGCAGCUCCUCCUCGGCACCCACGCCAUCCGCUGCGGCGGCCGUGGCCGCCGCCACAGCCGGGUUCGGCCACUUCCACAAGGCGCUGGGAGGCUCCCUGUCCUCCUCGGACUCUCCCCUGCUCACCCCGCUGCAGCCGGGCGCCCGCUCCCCACAGGCCAACCAGCCGGCGCCCCCGCUGCCCGGGGCCCGGGGCGGCCUGGGACUGGCGGAGCACUUCCUGCCUCCCCCAGCCUCGGCCAGGUCCCCGUCGUCCAGCCCCGGGCAGCUGGGCCAGCCUCCCGGGGAGCUGUCCCCGGGUCUGGCCGCCGGCCCACCAAGUACGCCAGAGACACCCCCGCGGCAGCCUGAGCGGCUGUCCUUUGCGGCAGGGGCCUCAGGGGGGGCCUCUCCUGUAGCCUUUACCCCCCGAGGAGGUCUCAGCCCCCCUGGCCACAGCCCAGGCCCUCCAAGAACUUUCCCAAGUGCCCCUCCCCGGGCAUCCGGCUCCCACGGUUCCUUGCUCCUGCCUCCGGCAUCCAGCCCCCCGCCACCCCAAGUCCCCCAGCGCCGGGGCACCCCGCCCCUCACCCCGGGCCGCCUCACCCAGGACCUCAAGCUCAUCUCAGCCUCUCAGCCGGCCCUACCCCAGGACGGGGCACAGACUCUCCGCAGAGCCUCCCCGCACUCCUCUGGGGAGUCCGUGGCUGCCUUCCCACUCUUUCCCAGAGGCGGGGGCGGCAGCGGGGGCAGCGGGGGCCUCGGUCUCCCCGGGAGGCCCUAUGGUGCCGUCCCUGGCCAGCACGUCACUCUGCCUCGGAAGACAUCCUCAGGUUCUUUGCCACCCCCUAUUUCUUUAUUUGGGGCAAGAGCCACCUCUUCUGGGGGUCCCCCUCUGACUGCUGCUCCCCAGAGGGAACCUGGGGCCAGGUCUGAGCCAGUGCGCUCCAAACUGCCCUCCAAUCUAUGAGCUGCGUUCCCUCCCUCCCUCCCUCCCUCCUUCCUUCUCUCCUCUUUUUUUCUCCUUUCUUUCUUCAGGUUUAACUGUGAUUAGGAGAUAUACCAAUAACAAUAAUAAUUAUCAUUAAAAAACCCACACCAGAAAAACAAAAGAGCAGAAAAUAACCAGGUAUUCUUAGAGCUAUAGAAUUUUGGUCACUUGCUUUUAUAGACUAUUUUAAUACUCAGCACUAGAGGGAGGGGGGAGGGGAGCAGGCAGGGCCCAAAUGCAAAAGUGAGAGGAAGGCAGGUGGGUUCUCUGGGGCUUGGCAAGGGUGGGGGUGACCCAUGUUUGGGAUACCUAGAGCAGACUUGUCAUUGUAUUCAUUUUAGGGCAAUAGCCACCACCAGGCCCUUAGCUGUGAACCUGGAGCCCCACUCUGCUAGGGGUCAUCCCAUUCCUCCAGGAAGGGCUGCCCUUGGGUUUGUUCCUGGGGAGCCUCAGUCGCCUGAGUCCUUGGGACAAACGGGCCAGGGCCCUGAGAGUCUUGCAUUUUUUCUACUGCAAACUUAGCAAGAUAUGUAUAUGAAUAUGUAUAUGUAUAUAUAUGUAAGAUGUGUAUAUGUAUAGUUAUGUAGUGCUCUGUAGAGCCAUGUAGAUAGCCACUCACACGUGUGCACAUGUGUGUGCAAUCUAGUUUAACCCCAUGUUGCCAGGACACCCAGGUCACCUUACAUCCAGCAACCUGCCUUGGCCCGCAGGCUGGGCACCACAGGGCCUGGGGGAAGUAUUCUCUCCAGUCCUCAGGGAAGAGGACCCCCCCGCCCCGCCCGGGCUUCUCAGCAGGCCCCCUCUCUCCCCGUCUCUGGUCUCAAAUCCAGUCCCAGCCUGACCUCUUAGGUGGAAGCAGAAGACUCCAGGCUGUGCCUCUCCUUUCCUGUAGGGCCUCAAGCACAUUCCCAUCACCUCUGUGGCCCUCAGUUUUCUCAUCUGUACAGGGGGAGGUGAGGGAAGCUUCUAUUUAUUGAGUCUGCUCUGUGCCAAGCACUGGUUUAGCACUUCACACACAUGAACUUCUUCAAUUGUACAAAGGCCAGGAGGUGUAGUUACUUUGAUUCUUCCCAUUUCACAGAUAAGGAAACCAAGUUUUGGUAAUUAUUCCAGAAUCGCAUAACUACAAGUGGCAGAGCUGGGACUGAUCUGAGAUUGUAAUCCAGGCCUACCUGAGGCCAAAGCCAAUGUUCCUUUCAUUAGAAAAUUGUGUUGAGAGGGGCUGAAUUCAACAGACCAGAGUUUAGAGGUAAUCAGACCUGAGUUCGAAUCCCGGACCUGCCACUUCUUAGCUGUGUGACCUUGGGCAAGUUAUCUGAGCUUUCUGUUACCUCAUUUGUAAAAUGGGAAUACUUAUGGUACCACCUCACAAGGACCUAUGAGGACCAGAUAAGAAAAGUAGUACGUGUGAAAUGCCCAGCCCAGCGCCUUGCACAUAUCAUAGUAGGUGCUCAGUAAAUCAUGUUUCUUCUGCCCCCUCCUCACGUGCCCAGCGCAUUGCCCCAGCGAGCUAUGGUGAGAGCCUGGGGAGCUUUGGCUGCGGGCUCCAGGGCUUAUGAUCUCAGGACACAGGAGGUGGCUGCAACUUUCUAAGGGCCUAAGGAAGAUGUGUGGCCAGUGGUGGGCUUGAGCCAGGCCUCCAGGUGUGGGAAGAGUUAGAGGGAGGGAAGGAAGGAAGGAGGGAGGGGGGGGUGUAGGAUGGAGUGCACAGUGGGGACAUGACUGAGGUGGAUGUGGAGUUGUGGAGUCAGGGGCUUUGGGAAGGGAUCCAGAGGCUGGAUGGUCAGAGGGAAGGCCUUAGAUGACAGGCUAAGGGGACUGACCUUGAUUCCGAAGGCAACUAGGAGCCAGAAGCAGGUCCAGGGCGGGGGCCAUUGUGAAAGCAGCUCAGACACCUGCCAGAGACAAGGCCAGUGGUCUGCCCACUGCCUGAAGAGCGGGAGGAGGUUAGGCUGCCAAGACCUGAUUAAUGAGGAGGGCUGGUACUGCCUUGUCCAUCUAGAACCCUCCUCCUUACUCUUAAGCCAGAAUGUUGACAAGAUCAGGUUUUGUCCUGGGAUGUGGACAAAAUUUCUCCAUAGAUGGGUCACAGGGAGUGUGAGGCAAUAAUCCAGGGAAGAAGAGAGUGAAGGAUCCUGGGAUCUUAGGGAGAGACGAGGAGCCACCUGGCCUUGGUCUCUACUGGGCAGGAGAAGCCCGCUUGGGCCCAGGGAGUUCUCAGAGCUGGAAGUAGCAGCACUCAACUUGAGUUCUGCAUCCAAACUCAGUCUAGUCCUGGAGGUGGCGGGGGCAGGGAGGGAAUAGGAGUUGGGUGGAGGGUCCAGG